UUGGUCGGUCUAUCAUUUCUGUCCCCAAUUCAAAUCAGAGACUCUCUCUAGAAAAUUACACUUUCAAUUACAAAAUCCUCCGCUUCCAAUCUCUUCUCUUCUAAGGUCUCAAUCCAUGGCUUCUCGAAGGCGCAUGCUUCUCAAGGUCAUCAUCCUCGGAGACAGCGGGGUGGGGAAGACAUCCCUCAUGAAUCAGUAUGUGAAUCGUAAGUUCAGUAAUCAGUACAAAGCAACUAUUGGAGCUGAUUUCUUGACAAAAGAAGUUCAAUUUAAUGAUAGGCUGUUCACAUUACAGAUUUGGGAUACAGCUGGGCAAGAAAGGUUUCAAAGCCUUGGUGUGGCUUUUUAUCGCGGAGCAGACUGCUGUGUUCUUGUGUAUGAUGUAAACGUCAUGAAAUCUUUUGAUAAUCUCAACAAUUGGCGGGAAGAGUUUCUGAUUCAGGCCAGCCCGGCUGACCCUGAAAACUUUCCUUUUGUUGUAUUGGGCAACAAGAUAGAUGUUGAUGGUGGCAAUAGUCGGGUGGUUUCUGAGAAGAAAGCAAGGGCAUGGUGUGCCUCCAAGGGAAAUAUACCUUACUUUGAGACUUCUGCCAAAGAAGGAUUCAAUGUGGACGCUGCUUUCCAGUGUAUAGCUGAUAAUGCUCUCAAGAAUGAGCCUGAAGAAGAAAUAUAUCUUCCCGAUACCAUUGAUGUUGCCGGUGGAGGGAGGCAGCAGAGGUCUACAGGCUGCGAAUGCUAAAUUAGUACAUGAUUGGCUCUGCUUCUUGGAUUGCAGAUACAAGUGAUUAAUAUUUUCACCCAGUUGCAAGGAAUAUUAAUAUGAGGGCUAUUGAGUUCCCAUGUGCAUAAUUAGCGCAUCAGAGAAAGCUAUUGAUUAUCUUUAUUAUUUGUUCAUUCAACUUAAAAUGUUUAUAUUUAUGUGUGAUUUUCAUGACAUUGUGAUUUUACUGGUAAAUGGCACUCUUUUGUUUGUGCUCAA